UACACAGACAGGCUCAGGUGAAGCGGUGACAACUUAGCUGAAUUAUUUCAUACUUUUAGAAACGAGCAAAGAAGCUGCCAUUAACCGGGAUAAAGUCGCUGCCAUGUGGAUUCGUACAUUUAAUUUAGAAGUUUGUCUUCGCCCUGAAAACGGUUGAAGGAGUUUGAACGAGGCACCGUGGACGUUAGCUUAAAAAGGACCCAACAAGCCAAGUUAGCAGCUAGCAGCUUAACAAGGAGCUGAACCUGUAUGUCUGACCGGUGUCAACAAGGACCAGCAGCCUCGGAGGAUGCAAGCUGGUCAGGGCGACUUCUUCUACCACUCAAACUCGAGGCUGGGAGCUAAUGGAGGUCUCGAAGAUGAGAGACAGCUUUUGGUGGAAAAGCAGAAAAUAUGCAGAUCCCGGGCUCGCAAGUUCACACUGGAGACAAACCGACGCAGGAAGGCGCUGGAGGAGAAGAGGAAGCAGUGGGACGUGCAGGAGCAAAGACUGAUCGAGAGCAUCCUGAAACAGCGCAGACAGCAAGUGCAGGAUGCAACUGAGCGCUUCCAAAGAGCCCAUCUACCUCCUUCUCAGAGACGCAGGCAAUUUUAUAGAAGAAAUGUCCCAAAUAUUGAAGAUGCACUCAAUCAAAUUCAAGGCUCCCUGAGUUCAUACAUCCGGCAGUCCUCUUUCUUGUCCAGCAGCUCCAGAGUUAGCAGAAGCUGCACUCCCUCUCCGAAGCCUCCCACAGUUGCUAAAUCCUCCCACCGCCCAGCACUCUCUGCUGUGGAGGCCUACACUAAACUGCUCCAGGAGCAGAGCAUGAGCAGCUUCAAGAACAGUCAGCAAGCUGAAAAGACACAAGAGAAGCAACAAGAUCACAGUCCACAGGACAGCCAACUGUCUGAUUGCUGUAAUUCUGAAAGCCUUUCAAGUAAGGACAGUUUGGACAAUGAGGACCUCAAUCACAACACAAAACAUCUACAGUAUUCCUACUCAUCAUUCUUACUUGACUCCGAGAAGCCCAACCCAGACCUGAGAAAGCAAAAUGAUUUGUGUCCAACAUCAGACCUAACUUCCUCCUCAGCUGUGAUGCUUUUUGGUGAUAACUUACCCCAAUCAAACAAACUGCACGAAUCUAAGCAGAAAAAACAAGAGCACUCCGGAGAGCCCAACAAUAAAAUGCACGUUUCUAAAGCUUCCUGGGGGUUCACAUCUGUUGAGCAAACGCCUAAAACAGACCACCAGGCUGCUCUGCAAAACUGCAACUUAUUAACUCUUUGUGAAAUUUUGAGUGCAGACCCUGAGCACUUUGAGCUGAAAUCCUCACAAAACAUUCCCAACGACAACAUCAUCAUUACCGAUAGAGUUGCUCCCAGCAACGCAGCACUUGAGUCUUCAUGUCCUAAACAAGAUGCUCUGUUGGAUGUCAGGCAGAAGGGGGACCAUGAUGACAGACAAUUAAAACCUCCAUCAGCUCCAGAAAUUAUUUUGCCUGCCAAAAAUGGUGACAGCAGUGACAUUUUGUUUGAGGCUCCCCCAAAGCCCAAUAUCUUCUUGAACGAUAGCACAACAGAUAACGCCUCAGAGGAAGGAGCUCUUCAGCAAACAGAAAAAGAAAUCCACUAUCUGUCACCCCAGAAAGAGCCUAGUGCUUCCAUAAACAACCUCAAUAAGGUUUCAAAACCAGAGCACAAAACUGAGAAGCCCUGUAAUGCAGCAUUGCUGUCUAACAUUCAGUCAGACACUCCUAAGUGCCUUAAAUGUCCUGAGGAGGAAGUACAAAAAUUGCCUGUUUCUGUAGGGACAUCUCAUCCAGUAUGUGAAGUCAGAUUCAUCAAAGGAAUCCUUAAAAAGCCGUCCAAAUACGUGCCAGAAGAUGCUACAUGUGUGUAUGGCUCAGGACAUUUGAUUUUUGCAAAACAAGGAGCUUUCGCGAUCAGAGAUAGUGUUGAGUUAACGAGGACAAAAACUAAGGCUGUGGAGGGCAACAGCUCUGUGAAAAAGAAGCUACGUUGGUUUGAUGAGGUACAGGACAAAGACCAGAACAUAAUGAAACAGAUUAAAGGCAAGUCUUCCAAUCAUUCUCAGUCCGAGGACCACCAGCUAAGUCUCACUACAGUCUCAGGGGCUUCCAAGCCUGGACCGAGCAUGACCCCUCCAGCCUCCACUGGUUAUCACUUUACAAAGCAAGCGUGGGCAGAUGUUGGGGUUCAAGUCAGCUUGCCCCAGGAACGAGCAGACGAGGUCAAGGUGCCGCGGAGCAGUACCAGGACCAAUGGUCCCAAGGGCCCUCGAAGAGAGAGCUCUGCCAGAGCUGGAGCGGGUCCUGUUUCCUCGCGGAUCAGAAAGGGCACUAUCAUACGACCUCAAUCUGCCACCGAGGUGAGUCAGAUUGCCAAAACCCAAGGGAGGACCAUGGUGCCCCACCCGCCUCCUAGGAUGGAAUUUAUGGAAGAAAAGACGCCGUAUAUCACAAAGACUCCAUAUGGCCUGGAUCAUGCUAGUCUCAACUGUAAACAAGCUCUGGCUGUAGAGCAGGUCCUGCACAAGGUAAACUCAGGAGGCAUUUUCUCACCUUACACACGUAAUGUAAUUAGAACAGAUAGUGCUGUCAUGUACACACCACUGCCUCCCUCGUGUACCUACCCCUUCUUAAAGGGCAACAUGAAGCGCACGCCCAGCUCAGGGCUUCAGGAAACUCAGGGCUGCAGCAGAAGAAGAGGGAUGGUGUACAAUGAAAAAGGCCUCUGUUUAGAUUCCACUCCCACAGAUGAAGAGAUCUCACAGCUCUGGCACGGUGUCCGCAGUGCCUUAGCCACCAAGGACGCAAAAAACAUGUUUAGACGACAGGCCCUGGACAGUGGGCGAGCUGUAAGGAAAGCCUGCGUGGAGCAGAGCAGACAGCCUCCUGGCUCAGGGAACAGAAGACUUCCUCAGCCCUCUCAGUCAACAAAACAGACCACAGAGCCAGCCAGACUGUUUUCCAGUACUUACAACAUGGCCUUUCCAUAUGAAGGUUUGGUGAGCGCUGCCCAGUUACAUCUGGCUGAAGUACAUGCUGGAGGCCUCCUGGAAGAAACGGAUGUUGUGGCUGCCAUGGAAACAGCCCAAACACAGAGGCCUGGCACGGUGCAGCAACACAGCCAACAGCAGGGACUCACCACCAUUUCCUUGGAAGAGCAGAAAAUCCUCCUCUCUCUGGACAGACUCAACCACCAGCUGUACUGUGUGCGGGAACAUGUGGGGGGUAAUAGUGGCAUGCAUGGCCUCGUACUUUAUGAUGCACCCACUACAGGUGAGGUGAAAGUCACAAACCAUCAUAAGCACCGUGCAGCCUCGGCUAACAACCGCUCUCGAUACCAGAAUAAAUUCUGACUUAACGGCAUGUGUAGUCCACAGUGGUCUUCUCUCCCAUCAGUGCAUUAUACCUGACCUUUUUGACUGUAUGAACAACCAAUUUAUUACCCUGUAAAAUGAGUUGAGUCUCUGCUGAAACAAAAUACGCUCUUUAAGAGAUCAGUAGGAAUGGACUGUUGAGGCAUUAAAACAUAACAGCAAAAUUCAGUCAGUUUUAAAGUUGGUGAGUUGAAAUUAGUUUUGUAUUUUUGCCAUCUGCUUGGACAGGAACAGUUGCUACAAAAAAUAUAUAUACAUUGUCACUUUAUGUUGAACCACUUAUUAGAAGCAAUGACAUUUUAAGUGCCUUUGGAAAUGAUACUGACUUAAAGAAGAGUAAGAAAAAAGCCCUUUUUAUAAUUAAUGCAGAACUGUUAGCAAAAUAUAUACUGUAGAUUUGUACCAUCUUAUUAUUUAUUUUCAGUGCUGUCUCAUUGUAAAUUUGUUUUCUAUAGUAAAAGUAUAAUUUAAUGGAAACUAUUUUGGAACCAUAUUGGCAGUGAACUGAAUAAAGCUA